UGAAAUCACUUGAUUUAGGCAUUUUGUUACAACCAGAAAAUGGAAACUCUUUGUCGGAAGCAUAAGAUUAAGGCUUUUCUCAAUUUAUAGGAAGCUGCAAAAACGUCUUUCUGUUUCACUUUCUACCUAUAUACUAGUAUUAUAAAUCAGAACGACAGAAUCAGACAAAUCAAAAAGACGCUCAUGUCUGAUUCAUACCUCAAUCUAUGGCUUCUUUCUCUCAUUCUAGCCCUCCCCAUUAUCCUUCUCUUCAGAAGAAAGCAACCCAAGCUUAAUCUCCCCCCCGGCCAAAUGGGAUGGCCUCUUGUUGGGCAAACUAUUGGGUACUUGAGGCCACACCCUGCUACGACCAUAGGAGAAUUCAUGGAACAGCAUAUUGCAAGGUAUGGUAAAAUCUUCAAGUCGUCAUUGUUUGGGGAGCCAGCGAUUGUUUCAGCAGAUGCAGAGCUGAAUAAGUUCAUAUUUAACAACGAAGGAAAAUUGUUUGAAUGUAGCUACCCAAAAAGCAUUGGCGGAAUACUAGGAAAAUGGUCCAUGUUGGUCGUCGUCGGCGACAUGCAUAGAGACAUGAGAGCUAUAGCGCUCAACUUUAUGAGCAAUGCCAUGCUCAGAACAACGAUGCUGAAAGACGUGGAGAGGCACGCCCUGCUUGUUCUUAACUCGUGGAAGCAGGAUUUUAAAUUUUCCGCUCAAGAAGAAGCGAAGAAGUUCACCUUCAACUUGAUGGUGAAGAAUAUCUUGAGCCUCGAACCUGAAACUCCUGAGGCAGAGGCGUUGAAGAAAGCGUACGCCACUUUCAUGAAAGGGGUGGUUUCGGCGCCUCUGAACUUACCUGGAACGGCAUACCGGAAGGCUUUACAGUCUAGGUUCACCAUACUGAAGUUCAUAGAGAGGAAAAUGGAAGAAAGAAACCAAAACAUCAAAGGGGGUGAUAAAGGCUUGGACGAUGACCUUCUAAGCUGGGUUUUAAAGAAUUCAAAUCUGACAUCAGAACAAGUUCUUGACCUGAUUCUAAGCUUGCUUUUUGCUGGGCAUGAAACUUCAUCCGUAGCCAUAUCUCUGGCACUUUACUUUUUACCGGCUUGUCCUAGAGCUGUCCAGCAGCUAAGGGAAGAACACAGAGAAAUUGCCAGAGCCAAAAGAGAAGCGGGUGAUGUGGAAUUGACUUGGGAUGACUACAGGCGGAUGGAGUUUACUCACUGGGUCGUCAACGAAACACUUCGGCUGGGAAACGUGGUGAGAUUUCUUCACAGGAAGGCUAUCAAGGAUAUACGGUACAAAGGCUAUGACAUUCCACGUGGUUGGAAAGUCCUUCCGGUUCUCGCCGCCGUGCAUCUUGAUCCUUCAAAUUUUGACCACCCUCAACUCUUCGAUCCAUGGAGAUGGCAAAACAAUGGGAGUCGUGGAGGCAGCACAGGCACGAGCAAUAACUUCAUGCCGUUUGGAGGAGGGGGGAGAUACUGCGCGGGAUCAGAGUUGGCGAAGCUAGAAAUAGCGAUUUUCAUCCACCAUCUCAUCCUCAACUGUGAAUGGCAGUUGGCUGAACAAGAUCAAGCUUUUGUGUACCCUUUCGUUGAUUUUCCUAAAGGCUUACCCAUCACGGUCCAACGUCUAUCUUUGAUUUGAUCGUGUUUGUGUUUCCUUUAAUAUAUACCCAUAUAUCUCUAUGGACUAUGUGGCCUAGCUAGAGCACAAGUCUGCCAGAAGGAGACAAACUGAAAAAACCAAAAAAAGAAAUUACGAAACAUACUCAUUAGAUCAGACCACUUCAUUAUAUGUAUGUGUGUGUGAAUAUAAAGUAUAAAUAUUCCUGCCAUGCAUAAGCCUGGACCUGCAAGCCAAUAUGUUGAAGUUUAGUUUAUUCCACACUGUUGUAAACUUUAGAUCUGUAUAUGCGCCUUUGGGGUGCGCGUGUAAAUAUAUAUGAUAUCUUGAUUGGUUCAUC